AGUUGGAAUCAGACGUUGUAGCUCAUUUCGGGGGGGGACGUCACCCUGAGCUGCCUCUUCCCAUCUCAGCCCGGCAUGAACCUCCAGGACUUGACUCUCACCUGGCAGAAGGAGCGGUCGGGGGCAGAGGCCCUGAUGGUUCAUUGUCACUAUUACGGGAGGGAGCAGCUGGAGAAACAGGAUGAGGCUUAUAGGAACCGGACCCGGCUGGAUCCAGAGGGGCUGGCCUGGGGCAAUGCGUCCCUGACACUGAGGGGCGUCCGCACCCAGGACGAGGGCGUCUAUCUCUGCCACGUCACCUCGGAGCUGGGCUGGACGGCUGAACGCAGGGAGCUGAGAGUGGAAGCACCCUACAGUGAGCCUCAUCUGAUCCUUGACCUCUCGUUUCGGCUGGGCCACACCCUCUUGACCUUCAGCUCGGAGGGCGGGUACCCCCGGGCGAGCGUGGAGCGGAGGGACGGGACGGGAACCAACCUGACAGAGCUCAGCAGUACCACAGAGUCCGUGGACGCCCGGGGCCUUUACACCCUGUGCAGCGAGCUGGCCGUGCCCGUGGGGCAGAGCACCAACCUCACCGUGCUCCUGGUGACAGCACCCGGGCGGGAGACCCACAUACAGCACAUCACAGUGGCAGGAGGACCCGGUGAGUGGGGGAAGGAGGAUGGGAAUUGUCCAGCCAGUGCAGGGCUCUGCCCCACAGCGGGACGUGGGGAGGGGAUUAGUGGAUGA